AAACGGGGGCUCUAAAAGCCCUAACUCUCAACUGGACGGGGAUAGAACGCUCCCCCAAAUCUCUGCCCGACGUGUCUAUGUCCUGACCAUCUCCACCGGCCCUGAGCAGAUCUGGACGGUCAACCGCGGCGGCUCUUCUCCGGCCUCCAGGUUUCGGUGAUCUGUAAUCGUAAUCUGUUUGAUGAAUGGGAUGGGCUAGCUUCUUGGUUUGGGGAUUUUGAAGGGUUCCUUAUCUGCCUCUCUGAGCGCAUCAGCUCCUAGGAUUCCCGUGGUUCAAUUACUUGAUAUGUAUCUGACUACAUAUGGAGACUGAUCUUUGUUAUGUAAAGAUGAUUGACAUAAUUUCAGCCGUUGGCGAGUUAAAUGGUCUUUCUUCUCAAGACUUGAACAAGUUGUUGAAAGAUUCCGAGAACUUCACCAUACAAUGCAAGACAGAACAAGGGUCCUUGAAGCAGAUCAAUGUGGAAAAACUUGCGGCUUCUCUCCCUUUGCACCUUAUUGCGACACUGCUAUCACCUGAUAGGGACAUGCGCAUGGGACAUGUGCUUCGUGGCAUUCGCCUUUUGUAUACACUGUCUGAUUUAGCUACACGCCAUGCCAGACUGGAGCAGAUUCUGCUUGAUGAUGUAAAACUAUCUGAACAGAUAAUGGAUCUGGUACUCUAUAUGUUGAUUGUUCUUGCAUGCCGCAAGCAGGAUAAUCAUAUUGGGUCUUCUCCUGUUCUGCACUCAACACUUGUUGCUUGCAGCCUUCAUAUUUUGACAAGUUAUCUUUCAUCUCAGUGGCAUGAUCUUGUGCAUGUUCUUCUUGCGCAUCCUAAGGUAGACAUAUUUAUGGAUGCAGCUUUUGAUGCUGUGCAUGAAGACAUCAGGAUUCUAGGAAUCAAGCUACAACUGUUCAACAGUGAAUUAUUGAGCAACAAGUCUAAUCUUCCUGCAGCUGAACGAACAGCUCAUUACAUCUGUCAGCAAUGUGAGGCUUCCUUGCAAUUUCUUCUGUCCUUGUGCCAUCAAAAACUGUUCCGAGACCGCCUUCUAAGGAACAAGGAAUUGUGUAAACAUGGUGGCAUACUUUCGCUGGCUUAUUCUAUCUUGAAGUUAAACAUUUCACAUUGUUUUAAGAAUUCCUUCGACUUUGUGGCUGCUGUAUCUAGGUUGAAGGCCAAAAUUCUGUCUAUUUUGUUGCAGCUUUGUGAAGCAGAGAGUAUUUCUUAUCUCGAUGAAGUUGCUGGUUCUCCAAAAAGCAUGCACCUGGCAAAAUCAGUUGCAAUAGAGUUUCUUGAGAUACUGAGGAUUGCAUUUAGAAGUGAAGUUAGGCUACUUGGUGAUACACAGUACAAGAGUAACCCAAUGGGCCUGCUGCUUCUUAAUGCGUUGCGUUUAGCUGACAUAUUUUCGGAUGAUUCAAAUUUUCGAUCAUUCUUUAUGUCUAAAAGUAUUCCAGUUCUUGCUGAAAUUUUAGCAGUUCCCCAUGAAAAUUUUUCAUUAAACUGGUGCUCUUCAAAUAUACCAGUGACAGAGGAAGAUGUGAAUAUUGAAUAUGAUCCAUUUAAUGCAGCUGGCAUGGCAUUGGGUUCUCUUAAUGAUGCCAGUGAGAGUGUUCAUUCAGCAGCUUUUCUGCUGCCUGAAACUAAUUCCACAUGUCCUAUUAAUUUCAGUGGCAUGCCAUCAGCUACAUAUGCUCAGCAGAGAACGUCAUGUUUGGUCAAAAUAAUAGCAAACCUGCAUGUUUUUGUUCCCAAUAUAUGUGAAGAAGAAGAAAGAGAUCUUUUUCUCAACAAUUUCCACAAGUAUUUGGUUAUGAAGAGCCCAGAAUCAUCUGGAGAUCACUCUAGUUUUGACAUGCAGAAGGCUGCAACAGUCUGUAAAAACUUAAGUUCACUUUCCCAGUAUGCUAUCUCUUUGACGCCAAAUUUUUUGAUUGAUGAGGAUGUACACCUCCUAAGUAAAUAUGCUGAUGAGCUACAGAACUUAACUCAUCCAGAAGUUGGAGAUAGAUUUAUUCAGGAAAAUGUAGUCAAAUUGGAAGAAGAUAUGAAACCUGAGUAUGGGCCUCUUAUGCAGCAAUCUUCUCUGUACUGGACUAAAUUUCCAAACUCCACUUUCAGUAGAAGCCAACAGGAUACACAGUUUGUUUUGGGGAAUGUGCCAUCUAUUUCAAGAAAACAAGAUGAAACUAUUCAAGAUGAUGAUCUAAAGCGCAACAGCAAUGAUGAUGUUGAUCUAAAACGGAGAGUUGGGGAAAAUUCAAGGUGUCAAGAAGUAGAGCAGCUAAAAAUUAUGAACCACUCAACGACCGGCCUACCAGAGGAUUUUGAGGUGAGCCAUGACAGAAAGAAGAAUAUAAUCGAUCAGCCUGAAUACCUGAGAAGUGGAGAGAAAGAUACCAAUGAUUGUGAUAUGAAAGAAGAUGAUAAAGCAGAAAAUGGCCUAAGCGAAGAGAAGCAACCAAGGAAGAGAAAGCGGAAUAUAAUGAAUGAGACGCAGGUACUCUUGAUUGAGAAGGCUCUCCUGGAUGAGCCUGAAAUGCAAAGAAAUGCAGCAUCACUGCAGUCAUGGGCUGAUAAGCUGAGUUCACAGGGCUCUGAAAUUACAUCAUCUCAGCUAAAGAACUGGCUGAACAACAGGAAAGCCAGGCUUGCACGUGCUGCAAGAGAGGUCCGUGCCCCAUCCGAAGGGGAGACCUAUCCAGAUAAGUCCUGUGGUCCGAGCUCUUCUCAUUUUUGCGACUCCUCUGAGAGUGCCGGUGAGGAAAUUUAUGCUGCUCCUGCUAGAGGAAGCACCCACCAAUCCAUCCCCAAAUCUGGUGGUAUGAUAACACGAUCUGCUAGAUGUGAGGAUGUGGAGAUGACUGCUCCUGAUUUCGUUCGUGGAGCUCACCAGAACCGCCCUUCUAUAAUAUCUUGUUCAUUCGAACCAGGUCAGUUUGUCUCCGUAGUGGAUGUGGAUGGUAAAUUAGUUGGCAAAGGAAAGAUCAUUCAGGUGGAAGGUAGGUGGCAUGGCACGAGCUUAGAGGACAGCGGCACAUGCGUUGUGGAUGUUACGGAGCUGAAGAUCGAGAAGUGGAAGGAGGUUCAACACCCAUCAGAAGCAGCAGGAAGGACUUUUGAGGAGGCUGCAGCAAAGAAUGGUGAUAUUAUGAGGGUGGCCUGGGACGUAAGCAGGAUCUUGGCACUGCCUUAGUUUGCAAUAAAGUUGCUGUCUUGGAAUUGUGUUAAUUACAUCUACUAAAGUCUUAAUCAGGUUCAAAGAGCAGCAAAAAGCCUGUCAAGAUAAUUAAGUUAAGAGAAUUCAUUGUACUCCUAUAACUCUUAACUUAGGCCAGUUUUUUCAUCAUUCAUCUAAAUUUCACCUCUUUCUUUUCUAACCCAUUGCAAUAUGCCUAAAUUUUCAAUAGAACU